AUGGCAUUGCCCGAAGGCGGCAAGUGGGGAGAUCGCGCAGACCACGACUUUCCACCAAACUUUAAUGUAAACCAAUCCCGUCCUGUACUCGAUUCUCAAAUGCAGACUAUUCUGAAUCGUAGUCUCGACGUUAUCGACCCAUUCAAAUGUGUCUUCACCGUCCCGAUGGCCAUCCAACAAGAACAUCCUAAGAAACCACCGCCAGAGCUGCCACCUGAGCUAUGGCUCGAGAUAUUUCAAUUCGCCACCUACGUGCACCGAUCCGCCUCAAUCAAGCCAUUAGAUCCCUUCGCCGUCCAGAGGAUAUCGCGCACUCCGAUGGCGGCCAAUACCCCGGCCCUAGCAUUGUUCACAAAGCUGGCAUUGGUUCAGGUGUGCAAAGCAUGGAGGAAAGCGACGCUGCCGAUGCUAUACGAACACAUCGUCAUCCGGAGUCCGUCGAGAGCCCAGAUGAUCCUCAAUGUGCUGCGAGGUAGCAGGGGAAGUGUGGCUUCACCUUCGCAGUCGCCGGGUCGAAGCGUUGGUUACGGCUCCUGGACGCGUCAUAUCGAAGUGCUCACCCACUCUAGAGGUUCAGGGAGACUAAGCUAUCUCCAGACGAUCUUCUCUAUCUUCCAGCAGUGUCCAAACAUUCGUAUUCUGAGCGGCAUUUGGACGCGCCCACUACCGGAGGAAUUCCUCACCGCCGUAACAAAGCUCUAUGGUCCCUCGUUGGAAGGAUUGUACUGGAGUGAAGCAAUGGAUAUGCCUCACAGUAACCCCGUCAUGUCACCAGCAGCCACGUUUAGGUUGCUCGCCUCGUUCAGGACGCUGCGAAUUCUCGACCUCAGGCAUGUCACACCGAAGAACGGUGCUUCGGAGCCGUACAACCUUGACUGCACAGAGUCAAGUACCGUCCUCCCAUUUGUCGAAAACCUAAUCGUAUCGAGUCACAGGCGUAGUCUCGACAUUGCUUCACGUCUCUCCCUCCCGAGACUCCAGAACCUGACCAUCAAGACACCCCUACGAGACACCAUUGAUUACCACAAACUCAGGAAGUUCCUGGCGGCCCACGGGUCGGCUUUGGUGUCAGUCGACCUCCCUUCACCCUCCCCCGACAAUGAAUUGGAACCAGAUUCAUCGUUCCUGCGUCGGGAAGUUACUCACAUAAAUCCAGAACUCUUCCUGGACCCUGAUACAUGUCCCAACCUGAACUCCAUCUCCUUCCCUGUAACAUCACCGGUCCCGCAGACGUCGGACAAACCCCAUCCCUGUUUGCGUCGCAUAGGUUUACGCGGUGUACGAGCAGACCUUUUGUACCCAGACAAACCCAGCCUACUCGUUGAUCACCUCCGCACCAUCACGGACAAACGGUACCCCAACCUCGUGGUGGUGCAAACGAUUGGCUACUUGGUGGAAGCAGAUUGUGACAACAUCAAGAAGGUCUUCCCUUGGUGGGUGGAGAGGUUUGAGGAAAUGGGAAUUGAUUUGCUGGAUGGGGAGGGCGUCCUGUGGCUGUUUACCGAACCAGAGCCAGGCAGUGAAGAAGCGGAGGAGCAGGAUGGGUCCACUCUGACUACCGAUAAGGACCGCACUUCAGAUUUAUCUUUACCAACGGACAGACCUACUACCACAGCCGCUCCUUAA